AGCGAGGUUAGGGGUCCCUCUCUCAAUAAGCUCCUAAGGACGUACGCAAAUAUUUACCCACCAAUAGCCGCUGCGAGGACCAGCAGCGUUAUCCACGGAGCAGAAAGAGGCGAGGCGACGAACAGAUGUCUCAUAACCCUUCGCAGCUCCUUCCUUCAGAGUUGAUCGAUCGGUGCAUUGGUUCGAAGAUCUGGGUGAUUAUGAAGGGCGACAAGGAGCUUGUCGGAACCCUAAGAGGGUUUGAUGUCUAUGUCAACAUGGUUCUCGAGGACGUCACCGAAUAUGAAAUAACUUCUGAAGGGCGGAGGAUAACCAAACUUGACCAAAUAUUACUGAAUGGAAACAACAUUGCUAUUCUUGUCCCUGGUGGUUCCCCUGACCCUGAAUGAGCCGCAGCUUGCUUGGCACAGGCUUUGCUUACAUUUUCACGUUUGAUAAUCGUGUAACGAUUUCAGGACUCAAGCCUAUUUAUCUUAGCUCAGGAACGUGGUAAAUUUGUAAUUUUAAUUUUAUAGGUUCCCUUAAAUUUUUUGAAAAACCAGGAUUUCAUUAUCAUUUUGCAGUACAUAUUUUUUACUACAAAGCAA